UAAGAUAAGAAAUUUUGUUUGGGAUGAGAGCCAAUCUCCAGAAAGCAGUGGCACUAUCUUUGUGUGAUGUAUCUGCACCUCAGAUGCUUUAUUAUCAUUUUUUUUUCAUUUUUUCCAAAUACGUACUUUAUGUUUCUUUUUAUAUAUAAACAAUUCUGUUUCACUCAUAUUAGAUAUAAUUAAUUCCAAUUAUUUCAUACAGCCAAUGUAUUAAGAUGGAGUAUCUUUUUUAUGUCAUACUGGCUAAAACUUAGUGUCUUGGGUGCUUGAUUUUCUUUCGCGUGAUAAUAAUAUAUACUCUUCAACCUAGCUAGCCCUAAUCUCAAUGGGUAUUCAUUUAAUCUUCACUUACAUUUUAACCUAGUUUUUCUUACUAAUACAUUUUAACCUAGUUGUAUGGUGUUAAUCCAUUGUUUUAAGUAUAUAUAUAACCCAUAGAAGUGAAGUACGUAUACUUGCAUGAUUUUAAUAUGGUAAAUUAGUAAUUCAAAACCCCUAUAACACAAUGGACAUAAUAUUGGCACCUGUUCUAUAGACCUGACGUAACCAUAUCUAUAAUUAAUUAAUUAUUAAUCAAACUAGCUAGAUUUGUAAUUAGAAAUAAAUAAUUAAAAUUUUAUAAUUUUGCUUCGUUUUAGUCUAAAAGAUUACGUCAACAAAUUUUCAUAUCCAAACAUAGUUUUUUUUUGUAAAUCAUAAUUCCACAUUAAAGUACGUGACUUUAGAUUUGAAUAUGGCAUAUGAGCAAAACUUUAUUACUAUCAUUAAAUGGUAUUGCAUUGCCUCUGUUAUGAUCAAUGUAUAAUUAGAUUGGUUAAGGAUCAAAAGUUCGAAUUAAUUUUUACAGUUUAACGGAAAAAAUGAAAUCAAAUGGUAAACAGAAGUUCCACUUAAUAAUUGUAAGUUGAACAAAGAAUAAGGACCUACAUAUAAUUACUUUGCGAAGACUAAUUAAUAUACAUUCGUAUUUGACUUGCUCAUAUAUUUUUUUGGGUUGAAGUCUGUUUUAGUUCCACUCCAGGUUGAACAAAUAAAUUCACUCCAUAAUUAAUACUCUCUCUCCCCAUCCCAUCACAAUCUCCAUCUUCAUCUCCACCCCUGUGUCUUAUUGUAUAAAGAUAAUCCCACAAGAGUAAAAACUAUUCCUUUCUCUCUUCACCAUGGCUGAUCCUUAUUCCAAUUUCUUCAAUGGCUGGUUCAAGCCCAACCCGUUUCACAAUUAUCUUAAUUCAUCCAGUAACCCUUCUUCUCCUCCUCCUCCUCCUCCUCCUCCUCCUUCUUCAUUCUUCUUGAUCCCUCACCCCGGAGACCUUCGCCGUCCACCACCAACUCGUCCUCCUUCCCCUCCUCUCCGUGAAGCCCUCCCUCUCCUCAGCCUCAGCCCCGUCAACAAACAACAAAAUUACCACCAUGACCUAAUUCAAGAACCACCUUCAACCUCCAUGGAUGUUGACUACGGUCAUCAGCACCAUCAAGUUGAUCAUAAUCUCGAUGAAGAUGAUCAUGACGUCACCGUUGCUCUUAGCAUAGGCCUUCCAAGCCCUAGUACUCGAGAUAUGGCCUCUUUGCUCAUGUUGUCUUCUUCCUCCUCUUCCUCCAGGACCACUAAUCAUCAUGAGAACAUUAACGACAAGAAAGAUCCUGACAACGACUACCAUCACGGAAGCGCCGGAGGAGGAGAAGAUGACGAUGAAGAUUCAGCCGGCGGAGACGGCGGAUGUAGAAUCAGUAGACUCAACAAGGGUCAAUAUUGGAUACCUACACCUUCUCAGAUUCUCAUUGGCCCUACUCAGUUCUCUUGUCCUGUUUGCUUCAAAACUUUCAACAGAUACAACAACAUGCAGAUGCAUAUGUGGGGGCAUGGAUCACAAUACAGAAAAGGACCCGAAUCUCUAAGGGGAACGCAGCCAACUGGAAUGCUGAGGCUUCCCUGCUACUGCUGCUCACCUGGCUGUCGCAACAACAUUGACCAUCCAAGGGCAAAGCCUCUCAAAGACUUCAGAACACUUCAAACACAUUACAAGAGGAAGCAUGGAAUCAAACCCUUCAUGUGUAGGAAAUGUGGAAAGGCUUUCGCUGUCCGAGGGGACUGGAGAACACAUGAGAAGAACUGUGGCAAGCUUUGGUAUUGCAUUUGUGGAUCUGAUUUCAAGCACAAGCGAUCUCUGAAAGAUCACAUCAAGGCUUUUGGAAAUGGCCACGGAGCUUAUGGUAUUGAUGGAUUUGAUGAAGAAGAUGAGCCUGCCUCUGAGGUAGAACAAUUAGACAAUGAUCAAUGAGUCAAAAUAGCUUAUAUACAUUAGUAUAAGUACGUACUACGUAGUAAAUUAGUAUAUAUAUAUAAAUCCCAAGAAUACUUAAAUUUAUGGACCAAGUUUUGCUGGAGGUAGGGCUUCUCUGAGUAAGAGCUGUAUCAUCUAAUUGAUCAUAGAUAAAAAUAAAUAAAGCGUUAUAUCACUUGGAAUUUUUUUAAAUAGUAUCUCUAGUUUCCUACUUAAAUUUAUUACAAGGCAAUGUAUAAAUUAACUAAUGAGGUUUCUUCACGAUAUCUAUUUGUUUAUAUAA